AUGGCUGUUCCAGGCACUCAGAUUUCCCCGCCGCCGCCGCCGCGAAACAUUUCGCACGACCGCCCGAAGGAAGAAGAGGAGAUGCUUCUGCUGCGCACGAAAAAUUGGGACAAUGGAUCGCUAACGACUUAUUCCAACAGCUCCAAGCGCAGAAAGUUCGUCGCCGAUGGCGUCUUCUACGCUGAGCUCAACGAGUUCUUCCAGCGCGAGCUGGCCGAGGAGGGCUACUCCGGCGUCGAGGUCCGCGUCACCCCCACGGUAACCGACAUCAUCAUCCGCGCCACCCACACCCAGGAGGUUCUCGGCGAGCAGGGACGCCGCAUCCGCGAGCUCACCUCGCUCAUCCAGAAGCGCUUCAAGUUCCCCGAGAACUCCGUCUCGCUCUACGCCGCCAAGGUCCAGAACCGCGGUCUGUCCGCCGUCGCUCAGUGCGAGUCCCUGCGUUACAAGCUCCUCAACGGUCUCGCCGUCCGUCGUGCCUGCUACGGUGUCCUCCGCUUCAUCAUGGAGUCCGGCGCCAAGGGUUGCGAGGUCGUCGUCUCCGGCAAGCUCCGUGCCGCCCGUGCCAAGUCCAUGAAGUUCACCGACGGCUUCAUGAUCCACUCCGGUCAGCCCGCUAAGGACUUCAUCGACUCCGCCACCCGUCACGUCCUUCUCCGCCAGGGUGUCCUUGGUAUCAAGGUCAAGAUCAUGCGCGGCUCCGACCCCGAGGGCAAGGCCGGCCCCCAGAAGACCCUCCCCGACGCCGUCUCCGUCCUCGAGCCCAAGGAGGAGCAGUCCGUCGUCCAGCCCAUGUCCCAGGACUACGGCGCUAAGGCCGCCCAGGCCCAGGCCGCCGCCGAGGCGCAACAAGCGGAGCAGCAGGCCCAGGAGGGCGGCGAGGAGGCCGAGGCUCAGUCGUAG